AUGGCCUCCACCCUGCCCCGACUCCCGCUCUUCGACGCCAUAUCGAAGCACGACCCAGAGUCCACGGCCGUCGUGCACUGUCUCUCCGGGCGCAGCUUUAGGUAUGGCGAGCUGCUGCCGGACGUCGCGCGCGCACGCGACAGGAUUCACCAGGCCGCCGGCAGGUCGGACGUCCGCGGCGAGCGCAUAGCCUUCCUGGUCGAGAACAGCUAUGACUAUGUCGUCACACUCCUCGCAGUCCUUGCCGCCCGCGCCAUCGCCCUGCCGCUGUCUCCCCCCUUCCCGCCGGCUGAACUGCAGUACAUCCUCUCGCACUCCGAGGCCCUCCUGCUUCUACACUCGCCCAGAUAUGCGACCAAGGCCCAGGAGGUCCUCUCAACGCCCUUCCCAGACCCGUCGCCCAAUCCCGCGCCCCAUCCGCAUCCGAAAUUGUUCGAGCUACCAAAACAUCUCGGCUCUACUUCUAGCCCCGAGGCCGUGACCUUGUCCGACGAUGUGGACUCCGAAGGCGCCGGCAUGAUGCUCUACACCUCGGGCACCACCAACCGACCGAAAGGAGUGCUUCUACCCGAGACGGCGCUAACGGCGCAGUGCCAAUCCCUCAUCUCGGCCUGGAAGUAUACCCCCGACGACCAGUUGCUGCACGUCCUGCCGCUGCACCACAUCCACGGCACCGUCAAUGCCGUGCUGACCCCCCUGAUCGCCGGCAGCGCCAUAGAGUUCCUGUUCCCCUUCAACGCCGACACCGUCUGGCGGAGGUUCGCGACUCCCUUCCUCAGCAAACCGCAGACCAAUGGCAUCCACACACCACCCCUGACCAAUGGCGAUGCCGCGGCGCAUGCAGCGACGGAGGAUAAGUACAAGAACAUGUCCACUGCGCCCAUAACCUUUUUCACCGUCGUGCCGACCGUCUACACCCGCCUCCUCUCCACGCAUCCCGGCCUGCCCGAACCCGUAGCUACGGCGGCGCGGCAGGCGAUCUCGCCCGCGCACAUGCGCGUCUCCAUCUCGGGGUCUGCCGCCCUCCCGACCCCCGUGAAACGGGCUUGGAAGGACCUUUCGCACGGCAACGUGCUGCUCGAGCGGUACGGCAUGACCGAGGUGGGCAUGGCGCUGUCCUGCGGCCUGUCGUCCGUGGACCGCGUGGACGGCUCCGUCGGCUGGCCGCUGCCGGGCGUCGAGGCCCGGCUCGUGGACCCGGAGACCAACGUGCUGAUCGCCGAGGGCGAGGAGGUCGACGGCGAGGGCCGCGAGCGCCAGGGCGAGAUCCAGCUCCGCGGGCCCAGCGUGUUCCGGGAGUACUGGCGCAACCCGGCGGCCACGGCCAAGGAGUUCGUCGAGGGCGAGGACGGCGCCGGCAAGUGGUUCCGGACGGGCGACAUCGCGGUGCGGCGGCCGGUGGGCGGCGGUGCCGGGGCCGGGGCGUCGGGCGGCUGGGCGCGCGGCCCCAUGUACUUCAUCCUGGGGCGGCAGAGCGCCGACAUCAUCAAGUCGGGCGGCGAGAAGGUGUCGGCGCUCGAGAUCGAGCGCGAGCUGCUGUCGCUGCCCAACGUGGCCGAGGCCGCCGUGCUGGCCGUGCCCAGCGGCCGCUGGGGCCAGAAGGUCGGCGCCGUCGUCGUCCUGGCCGAGGGCGAGCACCGCGCCCGCGGCUGGAAGCCCAUGGACAUGCGCCGCGCGCUGCGCGACCGCCUCGCCAACUACAAGAUCCCCCAGGUCCUGCGCGUCGUUGACGAGAUCCCCCGCAACGCCAUGGGCAAGGUCAACAAGAAGACCCUGGUGGCCGCCGUGUUCCGCGACGACUUUAGCGGCGACGAGAUGUGA